AUGGCUUCAUCAUUAUCAUCCAAGAUCCAGCGAUCCGCUGUUGUGCUGUCCUCCGCCGCAAUCAGAAUCCCGACACGUAGUGCGGUAUCACCAGCCGCGGCCUUACACCGAGCUCUCUCCGCACCGACCAGAGGACUAGUUACAUCUCCUCACAACCGUUUGGCACAAUCAUGCAUUCUCCAAAAGCCAAUUCUGAAGAGUUCGAGCCAAGUGCAGACGCGCUGGAACAGCGAUGAAGCCAGUCCGGUCAAACUCCAGGAAUGGGGAUUCGAAGAUAUCAACGCUGCCCUCCCAUCCUCAACCUCCAACUCCCCAACCCAUAAGCCUAUAAUCCUCAUCGAUGUGCGCGAGCCCGCCGAACUCCAAGGCACGGGGAUCAUCCCAUCUGCAGUGUCGAUUCCGCUGGCAUCGCAGCCAGAUGCAAUGUACCUAACGCCAGAUGAGUUCGAGACUCGGUUUGGGUUUGCUAAGCCUGAUCCUACGGAGAGUGAGGGCGAGCCUGCGCAGAUGGUGUUCUAUUGCAAGGCUGGUGUGCGGGCUAAGACGGCGGCGCAGAUGGCUGUGCAGGCUGGAUAUGACCCUGCCAAUAUUGGGGUUUAUUCGGGUAGUUGGUUGGAUUGGGAGAGGAAGGGUGGAAAGGUUGAGAAGUGGGAGGGGAAUGAUUCUUGA